AUGAAAUAAAACAAGAAUUGGUCAAGAUCCAGAAGAAGUUCAUCCACUAAACCUAAAAACAAAAAGACUCAUUAAGGUAAAAAAAGGAAGAGCAGUGACUCAAAUUAUUCCUCAUGUAAUACCAGCUCAGAAUCGCACGAUUUAGAUGGAUGUCAACCUGUAGAAGGUAAACUUCUGAAGAUCAUCAGGGGAUUGGAAGCUGAAGAGGAGUUUAAAGUUUUGAGUUUGAAAUUGAACCCCCUUAGUCUUGGGAGUGUAGAAUAGGAAAUGACUAUUGACCAAAAUCCAGAUCACCCAGAAUUUAGAAAAUACUUUCAAUACAAUAAAUAUUACCAAUAAGAAUUUCAAUAAUCAUUGAUGGAUGAGAAUGUCUUUCUUGGAAAUAGUCUGUCACACUAAAAUAUAUCUUACUAUUAAAGAGCAAGAAUGGUUGAUUGGAUGAUUUAAGUCUUUGGAAAAUAUAGUAGUACUACUUCAGAUGCUACAUUCUUCAGAGCUGUGUCAAUCAUGGAUUUCUUCUUCCAAAAAUCAAUCAAAUAAUAUUCUCACAAUGAUCUUCAUCUUAUUGGAAUUACCUCCAUGUUUAUAGCUACUAAACUUGAAGAUAUCCAAUUUAUCCCAUUAAAGUAAUUUGUCACAAAAAUCAGUCGAAAUAAAUUCUCUACAUCUGAUAUCAAAGAGAUGGAAAAAUCAAUCUUGGAAACCUUGAAUUUCAAGAUCACAUUUCCUACUUCACUUGAUUAUUUACAAAAUAUCUUUUACUAAUGUUUUAAUUUGAAUGACAAUCCUAUAUUGUAAAAUAUCCUAAAAACCAGUAUUUACAUCUUAAAAAUGUGUCUUCAUGAUUAUUCAAUGACAUCCUUCAAUUCCUAUACUCUGGCAAGUUCAGCAUUCCUCUAUAGUAUUAAAGAUUAUGUUUCCAAAAUGAAUUUGUUCAAUACAGAAUUCAUCAUCAACCAAUUUUUUAACAAAGUGAUGGAAAUCUCUUAAAUAGAUUAAACCCAGAUUGAUUUGUGUUUAAAUAAGACAUAAGAUCUUAUUCGUAGUUUUAAGAUUAAAUAUCCUUAACUCUACAAUUUAUCAGAAUUUUAAUGA